ACGAAAUAUCGCUCUCCGAAACUUCCUGGUUUCUUUUGCAAUGGGGUUGUCCGCUCGCGCACUGAUUCUCAGGUGGCGCCACUGGAUUAUGGGUUACUCUUUCACAGCAGACGGCAAAAUCAUGGCGGAAAAUAAUUACGGUCGAUUUACUGUUGGAAAAUUGAAAGACGAGUUAGCUAAACGAGGUGCAAGGACAACGGGCAGAAAAGAGGCACUUAUUGAGAGGUUAGAUGCCUAUGAUAAAAAUGAUAACUUUAGAAAUCCUGUUAUCCAUCUUCCUGAGUACACAAUUCCACAGUGGCCUAGUUCAGGAUUUCGACAACUUGUAUCUGAACACAGAUCAACGUUACCAAAAGUUGAUAGAUGUCAAAUAGAUGGUUAUUUUAAAUACAGAAUGGUAUCUGAUCAUGGGAUGGCCAAUGAUUUAAAAGCACUGCAGAAAGGAGAGAAGUUGAUGGAAAGUGAUCGAGUUUCUGCAUGCAGUUUAUGUGAAAUAGAUACUUGUAUUUACUUUACAGGAAUUGUUGCUGCUGCAAUGAAAAAGAAGUUAACUUACAACUAUAAACUCAGCGUUGAAAAAAGUAGUGGUGAAAUUGUAAAUAGUCACUGUGAAUGUCCUGCUGGUAAAGGCCCACAUGGAACCUGCAAACAUCUGGCUGCAGUUUUACUGAUGCUGGUUAAAUUCAUUGAAGAUGGGCAGUGUAAAAUCAAGAGAAGUUGUACUGAGAAUUUGCAAUCUUUCCACAUGCCAAAAAGGCAAUAUGAAGGAUCCCCGGUAAAAUCAGAGAAUUUCCCUGCAUCAAAACAACCUUGUUUAGAUGAUCCACGUCCUUCAGCGCAUCGCAACAAGCCUGGCUUUGAAGCUGAUGUUAGGAACCGUGUGUACAACUACUGCUCUACAGAACAAACUGAUUUAACGGUCAAAUUUUUAUAUCCCAAAGCUGAUAUUUUAACUGCAGUUAAAGACCAUGAUUAUUUAAUGUUACCAUUUACGCAAUAUUGGGUUGACAGUUAUUUUCAGAUAAAAGAGGCUGAAGCAAUAAAGCUAGAGGCAGCUACAAGGAGACAAAGUUUGUGUUUAAAAUGGCAUGAUGCCAGGGAGUGGCGUUUGACUGCAUCUCGAUUUGGGGAUGUUAUGCAUAUGACUGCAAGACGAAAUAUUGACAAACUUUGUGAAAGUAUUUGUUUUCCACCUGUUCUUAGUGGCCCGCCUGUAAUACAUGGUCUUAAAUUUGAAACUGUUGCAUGCAAAUCUUUCGAAGAAAAGACGGGUUUCAUUGUGUCUAAAUGUGGAGUUUUUGUGCACCCAAGUUAUCCGUAUCUUGGUGCAACUCCUGAUGGAGUAAUUGAUGAUAAUAAAAUAAUUGAAAUUAAAUGUCCAUAUACAGGAAGGGAUUUAAAUAUUGCUCCGGGAAAAUAAUUCCCUUAUCUGGAAUAUUUGGAUGGUAGCAGCAAAGUCAGGCUUUCUAGAAACAGUCGAUAUUAUUCUCAGGUACAAGGACAGCUUUAUUUAUCUAAACACCAGUUAUGUUUUUUUAUAAUAUUUACACAUAAAGAUCUUUAUAUAGAAAAAAUAGAAAUUGACAAUGAUUAUUGUAAAGGUUCUUUAUUGCCUAAGCUUGAAUUAUUUUAUCAUAAAUAUUUAAGACCUUAUAUUGCAUCUCAUUUAUAAUUAUAACAAUGGUGAUAUGUACAAUUACAACAGUUCUGUAAAACAAAAUUAAUCAAUUUGAUAUCAGAUUAAACAAGACCUUAUAUAAAGCAUCCCUUUUAUAACAACGGUGAUAUUUACAAUUUCUACUAAAUCACUACUGGGCUAAAUCAAAUGCCUUCUUAUGUACAUCACAUAUUUCCAUUGACUAAGUAUAUGUCAUGUUGUUUAUAGGAAUGUAUAAUUAUCCUGUUUCACUUAAAAGUGUCAGGCUUACAUUGGUGAUAAAUUAGCCUACAGAGUCGGUGGGGGGUGGUGGCUGGAGUGCAAAAUAUUUAUAUGCAAUAAUUAAAUAGUCUUUUUUCAUGUUUUUUUAUUUUUAAAUAAAAACGUGUCAUGCAGUGCUUUUCAGGUUACACAGGAUUGUCUGAGAACCAGAAUAUUUUUUGUAAGGCCUUAUAACAAUGGUGUUAUGUACAAUAUAUAAAAAUUAGAACACGACUAUUAUAUUGAUAAACAAAGGUUGCAUGGUACUUGUCCGCUUCCACAGAAGUGUUAUCUCUUGAAAGUUUUUAAUAAGAGAUUUUCUCUUUUAAUAGCCGCUACCAUCAUUCAUGGCAAGUUAUAUAUACAUUACUCAAGUGUGCUACAUUUACCUAUAAUUGCAGGUCUUUCUUUUGGCCUUAAAUGUUAUAAUAAAUUAUCAGACAUUUAUUAACGUACACAAUCAAUGCACACAUCUUGUCGAAACUACAGACAUUGACAACUUGGCUUACAAUAAAGUAAGUUGAAUAAAAUUUUCAAUAUAUUCAUUUUGCAUUAUCUAUUUUUGAACUAUCAUAGCAAGAACAAUCGGCUCUUAUCUAAAUUUUACAUAAUGUAUUUUUAAGAGACUUGUACAAUGCAAAGAUUGUGUACUAUUGUUUUUAUUAAUAUAGGUAUAUGUUAUGUUAUAUAAAAGGCUUUAUUUAUGAUAUUAAAUACAUGUAGUUACAGUAAUAAACACACUAUUAUAUUACAGGC